AAUUUUAAUAUAAUAAGGGGAGAUCUCACUGAAGAUACAUAAUUCUGACAGGACACAACAUGCUGGAUGCUGGGAGGAUGUCUGGGCUGGUCUAGGUCAAGGUUCACAGCCCCAGGACAUGAGCUAGGACAUUUAGGCCUGAGAUGAGGAAAAUCGUCUUCACUCAAAGUGUCAUGAAACAGAGGACGUUACUGAAUAUAUUUCAGAGGGAGGUAGAUGUCUUGACACAAUAGGCAUCAAGGGUGUAUAAAGGGAGUGCAGCAAUAUGAUAUUGAGUUAGUGGAUCAGUUAUGAUCUUAGUGAAGUAGUGUCGAAGGACAGAGUUGCCCACUCCUGAUCCAACUUUUCCAUGUUUCGAUACUUCUAUGAUUGCAGAGCAAGAGGAACAAACAUGAUUAUGAACUAACAAAAAGAAAACUCCAUUUAUGAAGAGUUACACAUCGGAAAUCUCCACGACUACUGAGGUUCAGAUGUCAACCAUUCAUAAUGAAAAUCUGGAGCUAUGUUCGAGUUUGCCACCUGUUUACUCUUUGUGAGGGAAUAGUACUGGCCUCGCCCAAUACAAGGACUGUCGCCACAGUGGGAGAACAGAUCAUGUUCUGUGUAAAUCUCCACGAAGAAGAUAACAAUAUCGUAGAACUUGCCAGCACUCCAGACAUUUCCAUUGCAAAAUGGACAGUCAACACUUCAGUAAAACCUGAGUUCAUACAACCCAUGUAUGAAGGCAGAGUGCGAUGGAACAUGAACGGUUCCUUGAUGUUGGAUAAUGUUCAGAUCAGUGACAGUAAAAUAUAUACCAUAACAAUCUCCUUGCUCAACAUAGAUACAUAUGACGCUCAAAAACAUGUUUUUGAUUUGUCUGUGUUUGAACGAAUUACCCAGCUUGCUGCGAAUAUUAUUUCUGACUGUUCAUCUCUGAAUAUAAUUCUGAACUGCUCUGUCUCUUCUGGAACUAACGUCACAUUUCUUUGGAGAAAAAAAUCCAUACACGGAGCCUCUGACGGUACAUACAGUGGAUCAAACCUAGUGAUCAAUAGGAGCAUUGAAGCGGAACAACAUGUGUACAUAUGUCAAGCAAAGAAUGCGGUCAGCAAUGCAACUAGUGACGCAGUGACACCAAAUAUAUGUCAUAAAGGUAACUUGCUAUGGAUGAUUUCAAUCGGCCUUAUAGCAGUGGUACUCAUUGCUGUGUUAUUCAUUUCUAUAAAAGCAGUAGGUAGAGAGACUCGGGAACGUAUUGAACCAACAGAUGUCUUCACAGAUGAACUGAUUGAACCUACAUACAUUACCUCACUGAACCCAGCAGGAAUGCCCAACCAUUCCGCAGAAGAAUAUGUUUAUGAACGACAGUAAAAUUCCAAUAAUCUGUUAUCGAUCAUUGGGAAAUCCAGAUGGUUCCGAAUCUGACUCACUGGUGAUGUUGCCCACAUCCCAUGUUAACCCACCAGGGCCGGUCUCGUACACCUUUUAAACUUACCAUCGCCAAGCUCUGUACAUGCUCACCAGGGGCCCAUUCCCAUACUCUGCAGCAAGAAACAAACUACUGGAAGAACUCAGCGGGUCAAACAGCAUCCGCAAAGGGAAAUGGACAGUCGAUGUUUUAGGUCAGGAUCCUACAUCUGGAGAUGUAUAAAGGACCCCCACACAAAGUGGCGACUGCCCAUGUCCCUCCACAGAUAAAGAUGGGCUGAGAACACAGCUGUAAAUUACAACUGUAAUAAAAAAGACAUUUUGCUGCAAAUCAUAAAUUUGUCAAUUCUGCUGUUGCAAUUCCAUAAUUAAAGCCGGCUACUUUCCUUUUUCUGAUGUAUUUAUUGUAUGCUACUAAACAGACAGAGCCAAAUGCAGGCUUGUCUCUUUCUCUUCUCUGGUUUGAAUUCCUAAAUAUAAACAGCAGAGGCUGAUGCGUAGUCACAGGAACUAAACUC